UGACUGACACGGUGGACACAGUUUGACGAAAAGAGCCCCGGAAUGAGACAUCUCCAUGUUUACGCAUGUUUUGGUUUUUAUUUUUUGCCGCUCAAACCUUUUAUUUUAUUAUUUUUCUAGCCUAGAAGGACGCGUGUUUUUGACGCGGGUGUGAAAUCGCGUCUCCGCGUAAAAUCACCGAGAAGAAGAAGAAAAACAGGGACUCCUCUCAGCCGGGGAUAUCGUCAGUGUGUAAGUCAGGCUUGCCUUUUUUUUAACCCCCCUCUUUUUCUGAUUCCUGCUUCCGUGGUCCCUCUGCGUUCAGACCACAAACACAGCGAUGCCAGAGACAACACAAGAGACGUGCGCUUCGGCCAAGGACUCUCCUUUCUUCAUUAAGAACCUGCUGAACUGUGAUAGCAAACCGACCAAACCCAAGCCCGUGCUGGCUGCCACUAAGGCCGCCUUGGAGGGAGGAUUUUCCCUGUCGCAGGUCGGGGACUUCAACUUUCCACGCUUUGACCUGCCCGCACAGAGGUUCAGUCUACCGGCUCACUACUUGGAGCGCACCUCGGCGUGGUGGUACCCCUACACCCUCAGCUCAUCCGCCCACCUACACAGAGCCCAAGUCACAGACAAACUAGGAGCCAGAGACUCCUCUCCAACCUCGGGCACGGACAGAGACUCGCCGGACCUGGUGCUCAAAUCCGAGCCAGACGUCAAAGACGAUGACGAUGAGGACGAGCACAAUAACAACAAAAGUGGCGACGAGAUAAUCCUGGAGGAGAGCGACACGGAGGAAGCCAAAAAAGACGAGCUGGAGGAGUGGAAGAAGCGGGAUGAGGACAAGAAGCCGUGCCGCAAGAAGAAGACGCGCACGGUGUUCUCCCGGAGCCAGGUGUUCCAGCUGGAGUCCACCUUCGACAUGAAGCGGUACCUGAGCAGCUCGGAGCGGGCCGGCCUGGCCGCGUCCCUCCACCUGACGGAGACUCAGGUGAAGAUCUGGUUCCAGAACAGGAGGAACAAGUGGAAAAGGCAGCUGGCCGCGGAGCUGGAGGCCGCCAACCUGAGCCACGCCGCGGCGCAGAGGAUAGUCCGGGUGCCCAUCCUCUACCACGAGAACUCGGCCACGGAGAGCGGGGGCGCCGGUGCCAACGUGCCCGUGAGCCAGCCGCUGCUCACCUUCCCGCACCCGGGCGUCUACUACUCGCAUCCCAUCGUCACAUCCGUGCCGCUGCUCAGACCGGUUUGAGAAGAGCUGAGGCUGUGCGGCACGAGCUGUUGUCGAUUUUAAAAAUCAUCCGAGAAAAAAAAAAAAAACUUCAUAUUUUUGUACAACUGACUGAAUGAAGAAAAAAGAAAAGAGACACAGUGUCAGGCCUCAUGGACCUAUUUUGGGCAAAUAUAUUGUGUCAUUUUCCAUAAGGGUGCCGUUUACACGUAAUCCGACAGUUCAACCCACAUUAUUAUUAUUAUUAUUAUUAUUAUUAUUAUUAUAAUUAUUAUUAUAUGUGAUUAUCACCUCAGGAUGAGUGUCUUUAAUUUCUCCCCUGGUUUUUCCACCAUGACUAUUUCCUGGACACGCCACUGUCACAUUUAUUUGACUUUGUUUACAGUAAUUGGCGGCCUAAAGGCGCGGGCCAGCUUAUCACUUCACACACUUAUUUGAUUUUAUUUACAUUUCCAGAGCUGAUAUCACGAUAAUGUGCAAUACACAGACGGUUUGCUGUGAAUGAAUGAAUGAAUCUAUUCACGCUGGAAUAUUCAUGAGGCUUUGUUGUCAUUUCCCUUUUUUUUUCUUUUUUUUUUUUUAAAGCGCUUGACGGGGGACAAUCAAGACACUGUCAACUGUAAAAUACACAUGUAGCUUUAUGUUUAGUUUUAGUGAUCCUCACUCUUGGUCCCUCGACAUGGACACGUCUUUCAAGCACAAGUGUGAGCUCCCAAUGUCUCUGAAUCUACUUUGUGUUUUUGAACAGGAGCGGCAAAAAAUAUCGACUACACUGGUGUAAAGAAAAAAAAAAAAAGAAAUGUAAAUGUAUAUAUUUAA